CCCCUACCCCCCACCGCAACCAUACUGUUCCUACUUCUGCUUCCCAACGUCUCUCUCUCUCUCUCUCUCUCUCUCUUAUAUAUAUAUAUAUAUAUGUAACAAACAAUUGAUACUAAAAGCCAGAAAAGCUGCCAAAGCUAGCUACCACGAAGUUACUUCCCCAGCAGAAGCCUUCACGUUUCUCUCUCUACCAUUCUGUAUAUGGUUAUGUAGGAGCUGUAUGUAUCUAUAAAUAGCAAAUUAUCUUUAAUUUAGAUCCUUGAACACAAACCCAUUUGUUAAGGGUCCCCAGGAUUCACGUGCCAUCUUUAAACAGAAUUCAUUAUAUAUAAUUCCUUCCCCAUUCCCUCUCUUGCUAUAGGUUGGUUUCUUUUAUUUUACACAGAUAAGGAAAAUUCAGAGAGAGAAUGAAGGGAUAAAGUUUUGGGUUAUCUCCAAGGAAUCUCUCUGAAUUUUCCAUAGAUAAAUAGGAAUGCGGUGGUUUUGUGGUUUGGUGCUUGUGGUGGGGCUGGUGUUUGGUGGUGGAAAUGGGCACCCACAGGAAGAUCUGGUGGUCAAUUUGCCUGGUCAACCGAAGGUUGGGUUUAGGCAGUUUGCUGGUUAUGUUGAUGUUGAUUUGAAAGCUGGGAGGAGUUUGUUUUACUAUUUUGUUGAAGCUGAGGAGGACCCUGAUCAUAAGCCCCUCUCUCUGUGGCUCAAUGGAGGCCCAGGCUGCUCAUCAAUGGGUGGAGGUGCCUUCACAGAAUUGGGUCCAUUCUUCCCUAGAGGAGAUGGUCGAGGCCUUAGAAGAAAUUCAAAUUCUUGGAAUAGAGCAUCAAAUCUCCUCUUUGUUGAGUCUCCGGCUGGAGUAGGAUGGUCAUAUUCGAAUACAUCGUCAGAUUAUACUUGUGGUGACGCCUCCACUGCCAGGGAUAUGCAUACAUUUAUGUUAAAUUGGUAUGAGAAGUUUCCGGAAUUCAAAUCCAGAGAGCUGUUUCUCACAGGAGAAAGCUAUGCAGGGCAUUACGUUCCACAGUUAGCUGUUGCUCUUCUGGACCACAAUGUGCAUGCCACAGGUUUCAAGUUCAACCUAAAGGGAGUUGCUAUUGGGAAUCCACUACUCAGACUUGACCGUGAUGUUCCAGCAACGUACGAAUUCUUUUGGUCACAUGGAAUGAUUUCUGAUGAAAUAGGCCUUGCAAUCAUGAAUAAGUGUGAUUUUGAUGAUUAUACAUUUUCUGAUCCGCACAACGAAUCCGAUGGAUGUAACCAGGCCAUUACUGAAGCAAAUGGCAUUGUUGGUGAAUAUAUAAACAACUACGAUGUGAUACUUGAUGUGUGCUAUCCAUCCAUUGUAGAACAGGAGCUGCGAUUACGAAAAAUGGCUACGAAGAUUAGUGUUGGGGUUGAUGUGUGCAUGAGCUACGAAAGGCGUUUCUAUUUCAACCUUCCUGAGGUUCAAAAGGCUCUUCAUGCAAAUAGGACCAAUUUACCGUAUAGCUGGUCUAUGUGCAGUGGUGUUCUGAACUACAGUGAUACUGAUGGCAACAUCGACAUUCUUCCCUUGCUUAAAAGGAUAAUCCAAAAUCAGAUGGCUGUUUGGAUCUUCAGUGGGGAUCAGGAUUCUGUUGUACCAUUACUUGGCUCACGGACACUUGUCCGUGAACUAGCUCAUGAUCUAGAGUUCAAAGUUACAGUCCCAUAUGGAGCUUGGUUUCACAAAGGACAGGUGGGAGGAUGGGCGACGGAGUAUGGAAACUUGUUAACUUUUGCAACUGUAAGGGGUGCUGCUCAUAUGGUACCCUAUGCACAGCCAUCAAGGGCUUUGCAUCUUUUCAGUUCAUUUGUGCGAGGCCGGAGAUUGCCAAAUUCAACACAUCCUUCCAUUGAUGAUUGAGAAAUGGUGGUUUACAUUGUUUCUAUACUUUUUUCAAUGUCCUUGCAUCAAAAUGCAAUGGUUGAUUGGAUUCAUGGCUUUAAGCUUUAAU